GCAAAUAAUUUUCAAAAAUAAUCAAAUCUGUAAAUGUAACUGAAACGAUAUUAGUAUCACAAUGGAUACAUGAAGAUUUAUUAUUUGUAAAAAGAACAUAUACUUGUUUGAAAAAGAGUAAUUUCAUAGAGAGCAUCGCUAGACACACAUGGCAAGAGGCAAUAAUAAAUGAAGAGUAUCUAUAAUUGCACAUUAACGAUGUGGAAUUUAUGAAAAAUAUACAUGUCACAUUAUACGUAUCUAGCAAGAUAAUAUUAAAAAAUGGCGAGCGAAGAAGUGAUAGAUGCUAACAAAAAACCGCCGCCCGUGUUUAAAAACCGUUCAUUCCAACAGAAAUUUCGACCGACUAGUACCAGCGGCAAAAAACGCACUUGGCGUUCGUUGAAGCAAGUUUUGGCUCAGGAACGUUCGUUGCCAUGGCCGGCGACAGUAAAACAUUAUAGUUCCAUUAAUGCACCGCCGAGUUUUAAACCUGCUAAAAAGUAUUCUGAUAUUUCCGGAUUGCCAGCACGAUACACUGAUCCACAGACUAAAUUAUAUUAUGCAACUGCCGAAGAAUUUGCAACAGUUCGCAGUUUACCGAUGGAUAUAACGGCUGGAUAUUUAGCUUUACGCGGAGCAUCUAGCAUUGUCGGUUAAAUAAUUUUAUGUUUAUGACCUAUAUAAUCUGAAAACAAGAUAUUUGAUAUCUUGUAAUUUUUCGUUUUUACACAGAGAAGUGAAAUGAAAAAAUAAGACGGAACAAUUUAAAUUCAAUGAAAAGAUAGAGUAUAAAGUAUUGAUAUUUUUAUUUCACAGACAACAUUUAUAACAUUUUGUCAUGCCUGUUAAUAGUGCUUUGUAGGAUUUCCCAAAAUGAACAAUUCCAUAUGUAUUGUUUUGUCCUUUUUUUAUCUCCUUAUUACUUUACAGAAUACAUUAUUAAAAAAGCUUGUUCAUUAUAACUUAGUAUAUGAACUACAGGCUAAAAAGGGAGGCGGGUGAGGUGUG